AACUGGGUUUUCGAAAAUUCUAAAAAAAUAUGACAAGAUAACCAGCGGUAAUCUUAAAUCUUCAUAUUUAAAUAAUGUGGUAAAUGAUGCAUAUGUGUUUAAGGAUUCAACAUUUAAAAACCUGGAAGAACGAAUUCUAAAAGUUCAAGAAAUUUAUGCCAACAUAUGUACUAACGCAAAUAUGGAUGCAGCUAUGCGUGAGCUUAAAACACAUUUGAGGGAAUUUAUAGUUUGGGAAAGAAAUACUGUCUGGAGAGAUAUAAUUGGUCUAGAAAGAAAAUCUCAAGCUGUAGGCAUAAAAGCUCCCGUAUCAAUAGAUCAGUCAACUGAAGAUAAAGCGAAGAUCAAAAUGCCUUUUGGUGGGAUUACUAUUUCAACUACUUUUUGGAAAAAAUCUUUGAUAUUGUCAUUUUGUAUCAUAGCAUUUUUAUUCUUAUUGAAUAUAAAUUUAUUUCCGAAAUCGGAACAACAGAAUUGCUUUGCUUUAUUAAUAUUUGUUUGUCUUCUUUGGUCUACAGAGGUUAUGCCUCUUUUUGUCACAUCGCUUUUAGUUCCAUUGUUAGUCGUAUGUUUACGUGUACUACCCUCAGAUGUACUAUCUUCAGAGAUACUAUCUCCACAUAUACUAUUUUCAACUGAAAAAGUUCCAAUCGCAACUAAAGCAGCACACCAUAUUUUUUCUGCAAUGUUUUCACCAGUUAUAAUGUUACUUUUAGGUGGCUUUGCAAUUGCUGCUGCAUUAAGUAAAUAUCAUAUUGCAAAAGUGAUGGCUACGUUUUUGUUGUCAAAGGCUGGAACACGACCAAGCAUGGUUCUUCUUGUUAAUAUGUUUGUUGCGACAUUCUUGAGCAUGUGGAUAAGUAAUGUUGCUGCACCAGUUUUGUGCCUUUCAUUAAUUCAGCCAAUUCUUCGAAAUUUACCUCAAAACAGUUCAUUUGGUCGAUGUUUAAUUUUAGGCAUUGCUCUGGCAUCCAAUGUUGGUGGUAUGGCAUCUCCAAUAUCAUCACCACAAAAUAUAAUAGCAAUUGAAUAUAUUAAUCCUUCUCCAACAUGGGGUCAAUGGUUCAUAGUAGCUAUUCCUCUAUGUAUAAUUAUAAACAUUUUAGUUUGGCUUGUGUUACUUUUUAAUUAUAAACCAUCUUCUGAUAAUUCAUUAAUUAUUCAUCCAAUAAGAUUAACAAAAGAUCCAUGGUCAGGAACUCAAAUAUUUGUAAUGGUAGUCACUGGUAUAACUAUUGCAUUAUGGUGUACCGAAAAAACUUUCAAAUCCUUUGAAAACUUUUUUGGAGAUAUGGGAAUUAUAGCAGUUAUACCGUUAGUUGCAUUUUUUGGUACUGGAAUUUUAACAAAAGAAGAUUUUAACAAUUUUUUAUGGACUGUAAUUGUACUUGCAAUGGGUGGUAUAGCUCUUGGGGCUGCUGUGCGUGAUUCGGGGUUGUUAAAAACCAUUGCUGAAUCCGUUCAAUUACUAUCUAAUGGUUUAAAUGUAUGGCAAGCUUUGGCAUUGUUUAGCUCAUUGGUUUUGGUUGUGGCCACAUUUAUUAGUCAUACUGUUGGUGCGUUAAUUAUUUUGCCUAUUGUGGCCGAGGUUGGAUUGCAUUUAAGUGACCCACAUCCAAAUUUACUUGUUAUGGGAUCUGCACUAAUUUGUUCUGUAGCAAUGGGAUUACCAGUAUCCGGUUUUCCAAAUAUGAAUGCUAUAAUGAUGGAAGAUGAGAUGGGUGUACG